AUGUGUAUGUGUGCGCGUGAGAGAAACUUAGUUACAUUAACACGUAUAAAUGGAGUGAAAACACAAUGUGAUGUUUGUGAGUUAAAGCAGAUUGACAGCUGCACUGAAGACGUGCCUUUGGAUUGUAAAGGCGAGUCUCGAACACUGGUUGCCAAGGGAACCAUCUGUAUCCACAAAGUGUGUGGUUUACUCAAGCAUGCAGAGUGUACAAUAGGAGGCCGAUGGGUCGGACCGGAUGGGAAAGAAGUGAAAAGCAAUGUAGAAAAGAAGUGCAACCACAAGGAAUUUAUUUACGAGCACAAGGAAAAGAAAGUUAGAAAGAAGAGGUUUAUCAGGAUUUUUCGAAGAAAUUCCCCACCUCCUCCACCACCACCACCCAAUUGUGGACAGCCGGGUACCAUUGCGCAUACAAGUUUGAAUGUAACCAGUACUUCACAAGGGGGCGUGGCUACAUACACGUGCCACUCUGGAUACGGACAUACAGGCGGCACAUUGAGGCGUGUUUGUCAAUCCAACGCUCAGUGGUCCGGUAGUCCUCCUAUAUGCUCAUAUAUGAAUUCAUGCAGCAGUACCCCUUGCAAAAAUGGCGGCACGUGCAGCAAUAUCCCAAACUCGUUCACAUGCAGUUGUUCUAGCAUUUGGAAAGGUUCAAGAUGUGAAAUAGAUAUCGAUGAAUGUGCAUCAUUGUCUCUGAACAAAUGUAACCAGAAAUGCAGCAACACAUACGGAUCUUUCACGUGCUCUUGUAACACCGGUUAUCGUCUGCUUCCAGACAGGCAUACGUGCAUAGAUAUUGAUGAAUGCGCAGAGAAAACAUCCGGUUGUAAUCACGCAUGCGCAAACUCGGAAGGCUCUUUCAUAUGUUCCUGCAGAGAUGGAUUCGAAUUAUCAUCAGAUGGAAAAUCAUGUCGAGAUAUUGACGAUUGCGCAAAAGGAACUUCCGGUUGUGAACACACUUGUACUAACACAGUUGGUUCCUUUACGUGUUCAUGUAAGGCCGGGUACCAACUCGCAAUCAACAGAAAAUCGUGCUCAGACAUCGACGAAUGCACUGACGGCACGGCACAUUGUCAAGUUUACUGUACAAAUAAUGUCGGGUCAUUCCACUGUUCAUGCGAGAAAGGCUACGUGCUUGCAGCAGACGGUACAACUUGCAAAGAUGUUGAUGAGUGCAGUACCAGUAAUGGGUCAUGUGAACAAGUGUGUGUGAACACGCCUGGUUUCUACACAUGUGAAUGUAAUUCAGGCUAUGUAUUUGCAACAGACGGGCACGCAUGCUCAGACGUAGAUGAAUGUAAACAGAAUGUCGAUGGCUGUUCCCAGAAUUGCGUUAACACCCCAGGAUCAUUUAAAUGUAGUUGUAAUUCUGGUUUUGAGUUGCAGGCUGACCAAAAAACAUGUACAGAUAUCAACGACUGUAAAGGAAUUAUUUGCCAAAAUGGCGGCACAUGCCGAGAUAGUUUGAACAAAUAUAGUUGUAUUUGCGCAGAAGGCUUUACAUCAACGCACUGCGAACAAGAUGUUAAUGAAUGUUCAAUUCAUAACGGGGGUUGUCAGGAUGCUUGUAUAAACACUGUCGGGUCGUACCAUUGUGGAUGUUAUGAUGGUCGCGAGUUACAAGCAGACGGACGUUCGUGCUUCGGAGAUGACGGAGACACUGUGUUCGAACGAUUUAAAAUUUCGGGUGGUAAAUUACCUAAGGCCUGUUUUGUAAUGCCACUAGCACAUUGCACAGAUGGUAAAGAUCAUAGAACCCAGCUUACAUCAACUUCAGAAUGGUAUAGCCUUACAACGGAUAUUUCAACGUCCUUCACCUUGGGUAUUGUUUUUAUCAAGGUGAAUGAUUUAUCAUUACCAUUGUCAAUACAAGGACUUGAAGUUACAAUUUCAUCUGGUAAAUUUUCUCUCAAUUACGGAACAAAACACAACUCUAGCGAAGGUAAUAUCAUCACUAAUUCAGAUACACCUGCCGACUGUAAAUCAUUUGAACUCGUCGAAUCGGACAUAUUUGAAUUUAUAUCAGCUGGUUCCUUCUUAAAAACGUAUCUUUUGAACUUGUUCCCGGCUUUACCAAAUUGGAUCAAGUUUGAAAACACGCGGGAAUCCGUUCUUGCUAUCCAAGACCUGAAGAGCGAUUUAAUUUAUGGCAGACACAUGGAACAGACCAGUUGGUGUGAGGGGGCACCUGUUUUGGAUGACCAUCUUUAUAGCGUGUUUAGAUUUGGUUCAACGUUUUCUUUAGAAAUUCUUGGAGACAAGAUAAACGUCCCAAAAAUACUCUCGGGUCAAAAGUUUUGUUUCAUCGUGGACCUUUGUCAAAGUAACGGCGGCAGUAUCUUUUUCAUGGUACCGGAAGAAUCAAGAGGCAUCCUCGAAACUGUAAAUAUGUUCAAAUUGCUGAAAAAAGAAGAUGACUUGACGAUACAUCCACGAGGUAUUGGAAUUUCAAUAGUUAAUGGAAUAAAUGUUCAUAAAGAUUCAACUGAACUUCAGUUAUGGAACGGUGACGCAAUGUUUCAGUACCCAGUCUUUCAAAGAGGAGACUUUUGGAUUGGGGCCGACGUUCUGAAAAAUGACAGCAAAUUAUUUGUGAAUGCAAGUGCUGAUAUUUUCAUUGGGAUGCCAAAUAUAGACAUUAUGCUUACAUCCAUUUUUCUGGACGAAUGGAGCACCUAUAUACGUAUGACCUUAUCAGCAUCGCCUGCAAUUAAAUUUAAAGUUUUUGGCAAAGAAUUUUCUAUUACCUUAAAAAGUCUUAUAACAUCCGAAAUGAACCUGUAUCUAUCAGUUGGUGGUCCUCAACGAGUUUGGUGUGGGGAAAACGCCAACCCUCCAGGAGUCUUCUUUUCCUUCCUUCUCGAAAUCAAUCCUUUUAAGAAUGUUCCAUUGUUAUCAGAAUGGGGUGUAGCCAAUAUUCACGAAGCCUAUGGAUUCGUUACAUACGAGUCCCCACAAGCGAUUGUUGACAUCAAUAUUAAAGAAGAUAUCCUUAACUUCACAGAUAUAUUAGAUCGUCUUAUAGUCCGUUUCAGAACAGAACUUCAAAGUUUAGGCAUAAUAUUUAGGAACACCACAUUGGUGCUUGCACAUGAUAUUGAAGUAAACUUUGAAACUAUGAAAAUACUUGUAAAUGAUUUAUUAGAUGACAUUCUAUCAGGCGACUGGAAAGCAAAGAAACGUCUUGUUGAACAGCUAUGGCAAGAAUACCAAAAGGUGGAACAUAGGAUUAAAUUAUUCUUUGACGAUACAGAAUUUAUCGCUCAAAAUGCUUUCAAAAAUUUUACAAAUAUCAUAAAAGAUGAAAUAGAUUUUGUAAAAACUAAUCUUAAGAAUGCCAUGGAAAAAGUGACAAAUUCUUUGGUCAUAAAGAACACGAAAGAAUCCGGAUAUACAGGUUUCGGGUUGAAGUACACGACUAAUGUUCAAUUUCUUGGUCUUAAAUUAGGAGAAUUCGAUUUAGAAUUUGUUGAUUCUGUCGAGCAUCUUUUUAAAUGUAGUCGUUUUGAAGCUAUCAGUAAACAUUUUGAAGGCAAAAAAGCUGUAAGAUUAAUAGGAAGGGCAUCACGUGAAUUUGCUUUUCAUGUAUUCAUAAAAAUUCAUCUUGGUGCCGGCAUAGGUGGCGCUUUGUCAGCAGAUAAAGAUAAAUUUGCUCUACAACUUGAGACAUAUGCUCAGUUUUUAGGAAUGAAAGCAACAACUGACCUAUUUAUCACCAAUAAAGGAUUAUAUCUCUAUAUGGAAGGUAAUGUUUGGGACAUUUUCUUGGCACAGUUAGAUAUUUCUGCAGAAAUGAAAUCAGAGUGGCAUCACAUUGUAUACAAAGUAAGUGGUCGUUUUCUAGCAAAAAGCAGAAAAAGGCGUCAAAUUCAGACCAGAAGCGAAUCAUUUCAAGACAGUUAUUUAGAUGCCUUGAAAAAAGUAGUUAACAAGAUUGCAGAUAUGGCGACAAAACGCUUAAGCCAAGCACAAGAAGGCCUCAAAGCUGCACAAGGAGGACUUUCAAAAGCUCAAGACUGGCUUGAAGAAAAGAAAUCAAUUGUAAAAGGUGCAAAUGAAAAAUUUGAUAGAGCUGUUGCCGCACUAGAAAGAGCAAAGGACAAGCUAGAUGAUGCCAAGAGACCAUUUGAAGAAGCAUUAAGGAAACUCAGUGCUGCUCAGAGGAAGGUCGAUAAUCUUUGUAAAAUUCGAUCUUGUAGAAAGUUUUGUAUACCAGGAGUAAAAUGUAGAAUUUGCCGAAAAAAGGUUGGAUGGGUUAAGAUUCCAUAUCCGUGCUGUAGAUUUACAAGCUGCAUGAUUAAAGUUCCAGAUCCAAUAUGUGUUGCUGCAAACUUGGCGUGCAGAAUAAUACGAGGAGCUGCUUAUUUAGCUUUGGAGGCAGCCAAGAUAUUUGUAAGAGUUCCUAUGCUUGCAUUUGAUGUAGCAAAAGCAGCGGUAUCAGUAGCCCAGUUUGUUGUUGAUAAGUCACGUGUCGUGUUGGAUGUUGCUGUUGGUUUGCUUGAUGUUGCCAAAUUAGGAUUAGAAUUUUCAAAAGGUGUUCUUGAAGCAGCAAAGGCAGUUCUUGAGGGAGUUAAAGUCGCUAUCGGUGUUGCUGCUAAAAUUCUCGAGUUUGUAAUAGAUUUUGGACUGAAAAAUUUGCUUGACGUCAGAAAUUGUGGCUUCAAUGUGGAAUUGUCGACCCAUGACCUACCGGUAUUUGAUAUUUUUUGCGACGUAAAUGCUUUCCGAUUAGGUUGGAAAACUAUCACAAUAAGAAUAAACUUUAAAAAUAUAGUGCAAAGUUUAUGGAAUGCGGCAAGAGCAACAAUUGACAUGCUAAGUAAAUUGAUUGGUGGUAUCGGAAGAAGACGUAGAGAGCUAGAAUUUAAAGCGUCUGCUAAAAUGCACGCAUAUAUUAGAAAAAUCAGAGAAGCUAAUUUUGACAACGGUACCUAUCAGUUUUCAAAUGAAAGCAAUGAAUUCAUAGAUAUUGUUGAUGAAAUUCUUGGAUUUAAUAAUCAUAGUAAUACUGAUUAUGAAAGUAGGUCAAUAAUUUUCAAAGAAAAAUGUAAAACGACCACUCAUGUAAUGAAAUUUAUGAACGAUGCGUUAGGAUCAUUGAAUGAAGUUGUGAAUGAAUCCAGAAAGUACAUGGAUGAAUUAGCCAUUCUUAACGAUCAGCUUCAACAGUUUACAAUCGAAGGCCUUGCGGAAAAUAUGACAUUAGAUAAUGCAGGAAUAAGUAAAGAAUAUGCAGAACGAGAUUAUAACAUGACAGAAGAUGACUUGAAUAGAGCAUUAAAUGAAUCAAAAGCUGCCCUUGCUGAUGAUCCGCUUCUCAGGGAAAUAAAUUCGUCAGCUUCAAUGGCAAUGGAGUCAAUGAAUGCAGAAAAAAAGUCAAUAGAGUCAAUAAAUUUUCUAGAAAUUUGGUUGGAUGAAAUGUCAAACAUUUCAAGCGAGUAUUUCAAUGCUUCACAAUGUAAUGGAUUCAAAGACUGCGUCCUAUAUGCCAUUUCCGAAUUAUAUACUUCAUUUGAAGAUGAAGAUAUUCCAAAUGUAGACAACAUUCGAAAAGCCAUUCUUGAUUUAGAAUACAUUUUAAUAGAAUUAUUCCAAAACCAGUCGUCAUUGAUUGAAGAAUUAGCAGCUGCAAUGGACAGUGUCAUGUCAAGCAUAACAUUUAUCAACGAAACUAAUCCAUUCUGCUCAGAAGCACCUAUAUUUCUAACGGAGUUGAAAAAUCAAACGGUACUGAUUGGGACAGAUGUGUACAUAACAUGCAAUGUUACCGGAUCCCCGUUUCCUAAUAUAAAAUGGUUUAUGGAAGACAACCUAUUACCAAAUGAAACAGAGAUGCAAUUGGUGAUUAAUAAUGUGACAGUGAACGACAGCGGCGUUUAUAGGUGUGAGGUUGGAAACGUUGUUGCUAAUCUAACGUCAGCAAACGCCUAUCUUCAAGUCGUUACAUACGAUGACGAUGAAUGUCAAACGGAGAAUGGCGGAUGUGAACAUAUUUGUGAAAACUUUGUUGGGUCUUAUAUAUGUAAUUGUUUCCAUGGUUACAGACUCGACGAAGAUCGCAGGAAUUGUUAUGAUAUAGACGAAUGCUUAAUUGGUACGUCAACUUGCGAGCAGACAUGCUCAAAUAAUCAAGGAUCGUUUACAUGCGGAUGUAAAUAUGGUUUUGAUCUGGAUAAUGACGGUCGUUCCUGUCAAAUUUCGUCCGGAUUAGAUAAUCGCAUAUUAGUGGUGAUUGUGUCAUGUUGCGUUCUUGUUGUUGCAACUUUAGCUGUAAUGGGCACAAUUCUCUACUUUAAGCUCAGAUCGCCAAAAAAUUGUACCCGAAAUACAAAAAGUCGACAUAACUUACGUUAAACCUUUUACAUUUGGGCCUGCUAUAGAAUACGGCCCAUCAAAACCUGGCUUUGAUAAGAAUCUUAUUAUACAAGCUAUUGGAAAUGGGAAGAAAUAAAAUGGUGACUAAAUUAACAUUUUUACAACGAAGAUAAAAACCGACUAUGAAAAGUUUUUUGGUUAAUUUUGAGGAUGUAGAUUCAUGUAAAAACAGAUUUUUGUCUCCAAUGUUUUCUUUAUCCUUUAGUUCAUUGCGGCAUUUUUGCAUGUAAUCUUCGCUUGAAUAUAUUUGAGGUGUUUUCCUUGUGUGUUUUUUAUAUUUACUUUUAAGGGUACAUGUUUAACAUGUAUAUACAUGUACAUGUAGUUUACUGCUUAUAUUCAGAGAGUAUAGAAACCUUGAACUAUUUUAGGAUUUCAUUAUCUAAAUCAUGAUUAAAAAUCAAACGAAAAUGGUACUGGACGUUCGUUUAUAAUGUAUUAAAUAUUUAAGAAAGAAUGUAUAUAUUUAGAAAAGGCAUCAAAUUUACUAAUGAGUAUUCUGUUGUGGCCGUUUAUUACUCAAGUCACUUGCCCCUCAUCGCUGUGGGUUUGAAUCCGACAGAAACUUUGGAUUCUUUAAUGUGAGGAAGCUAUCCAGCAAGCUUACGGAACGUCGGUAGUUCUACUCAGGUACCCGUUCUGCCUGAAAUAAUGCACGGAAGGGCACCUGAGGUCAGCCUCUACCACUAAAGCUGACCUUUACUGUGUCGAUGUGAUGUAAACCCCAAAUAAUCAAACAAACAAUUUAUUACUAAGGAAGUGCAUUUAAAAUAUAAUUUUUAUCAACAAUUUACUGAUCAAUGUUAGAUUGUAAUGAAACUUAGCAUUAAUGAAUAAACUAGUUUAGAGAUACUGAUCAUCACAUAUAUCGUGUUUAUUUUUCUGAGUAAUAACUGUUAGUUUCUUUAAAAGAGGCAUUUUAAGGAUGCUAAUAAGCUGGACUUUAAUUUUGUAUAGAUUCUUUUUUCAAAAUGAAAAGUCAUUCAUAAUAAUAUCUAUCGAAGUUUUAGUUAAGGGCCUAUUUUUAACUUUUUUUUUCAAAAAGAACCAAAUAUGUUGAUUCUUUUUAAACAAAAUUGACACAAAUGUAAAUAUUAAUGAGGCCAUAUAGUGUUUACUAAAUGUCAUCAAAUUCUACAGAUGUGUUGUUGAAUUAUGGCACUUUCUAAGUUUAGAAAUACAGUUCAUAAAGCAAAAUUAUAAAUAUAACAAAAAGGUACAUGUAAAUAUAUAAUACAACGAAAUAUUAAUCAAAUAAUAUAUCUCAUUCGACAGGGAAUAUCAAUUCAAUGAAUUUCAUUUGUUAUAUGAAAUUUAGCUCUUACAGAGCAUAUGAUAUUUUCUAAACUGUUUGGUUUUUACCUGAUCAUGUAUAUCGUAUAUAAGCAAAUGACUUCUGCAGAAAGUCUGAAAUAAAAAAAAUCAUUGUAUAUAUUUCUUUUGUUUAUUGUGUUUAACAAUUGUUACAUGGAAAAGAAAAUUGGAAAUAAAUGAUUAUCAAAAAUU